AUGGAGACCGUCGCAUUUGCACAGCUGAGAGGUGUGUGCACAGGAACACGGCUAGAUUUGGAGCAUAUCCAUACGCGGAACUACGGACGCUUAUGUGUAGAUGUAAAGAGGCAGAUCCGGAAACUGUUCUGGAGCAAUGGUCGUCAGAAGAAAAGAGAUAUCUUUGGCAGCAUUUCAAGCUAA